AUGAGUCGCCAUCCAGAGCACUCGAUCUUUCAACCCUCCUUGACUCGUUCUGACAGACUCGAUGCGCCUAGUUCUGGACAAGAAUCACCCGACCUUUCACCUGAAUCUUCACUGGAAAUCCAGGAUACAAUACCUUCUCUUCAAGCCCGUAGGCUACUCGAGCCAGGCGAAAUUAGCGCUCGUGCAGAGAUGGCAGCCAUCCCAUCCCAUGCGAGUCUCGGCUUCAAGUCUGACACGGCUGCUACAGCUCAAUCUGUGGAGCCUGAAUCCUUUGAAGUCCCGAUAAUGCUUGACGAUCCGACAUACUGUGCAGUUCCUCGCCCUGUGACACCAACUGGCCCUAGGUUGAUUCGUGUCCCCAUGUCCACCAAUCCGCUCUCUGUUCCACUUCCCGAGUCUCCUGAUUCUGCAUCUGUUCCCCUUCCCGAGUCUCUUGUGCCCACAUAUACCCUACCUGCUGCUACUUUCAACGCGAACCAAACGUCGCUUCCACGUGGAGCCUUGUUUGCGGCACAAUUCGGUCGGCCAGAUUUAGCAUCAACGCAAGUUUCAUGGCCUGAAGAUGCUGUGCCAUAUUCUACAGAGCGCAUGUUUGAAGCAUGGCUCAUCCGACAGCAGCUGCUUGUCGGCAUUCCGAUUGACCAACUCCAGCCAAUGACCAAUCCUACUCCAGACAGCACGUUCCGAACACCACCAUGGAUUAUUAUCACCCCCGAUGGCGCUUAUAUUCGAGCCGUUCCACCUGCGAGAUUUCGCGGUGUCAUGCAGCCCAUGCCUCGUGUUCCUUGGUUGACACCACUCUCCACCGAGUUGAACCAACCAGCUGAUUUUCAUUCUUCUGCUGCACGAAGUCCUGCUUCUCUGACUGUGAUGGCCGAUGACGUUUCGACCAAUCCCACAACGUCAAUUUUACUUGACGUGAUCGAUUCGGCUCUUGAGAGAUCUCCAAAUCUGAUUCCACUUCUGGAGAUGUCUCAGCAGUUGGCGACAGUGGACUUGGCCGAUUCUGCUGUAACUGAUGACAUGAACCUACAAGAAACUCCAGUGCCUCUGGCUGCGCUCUCGACUCCCACUACUCACCCGCGUCUUGGUGCGACGGAAGGGGACGUUCGCUCACCCAACCCUAGUGCCCCAUUAACUUCGAAUCCGACUCUGGCAGCCCAGUCGAUUCUAUCUGGCUUAUCAGCCGCGAGGAACUUACGUUCAGUACGAUCACAAGCACCUUCGCCAGAACUGCCUGUCCCCUCAGUUCCUGGUGUAGUAGGACCACGUAUGACAUUGCGCACCACUCCGGUCUCGUCUAAUGCCAGAGAUUUACCACGCCCAGAAGGACUGCACGCCCCUGCACUUGUUCCAGUGGUGUCCUCGGUCCCCUUUUUUACGAUCUUAGAACCACGACUGGCAGCAAGUCGGCCCCCGAGAUUUCAUCUAACUCCUUCGAGAGACCCACGCCCUGAAAUGAACCGUUGUCGCUUAGCCAACGUAGCCAUAUUCUCGGGAUCACUCUAUGCAUACCCCCCACGACCUAGGAGACCACGCCCUGUCCCCAUGUAUCGAUGGCACAGACCAUCGCGCAGACCAGUUGAAGGAUCAGCUACGGAUGGAGACAUUCCUCUUCGGGUUACUCGAGUAGAUCCCAUCGAUCCUGAUACUCUAAAUCGCGAGACUCCUUUCGGAGGUGGUGACGGAUCAUGUGCACGAUUUUCCACAUUUGAUGCCCUGGACAACAAAAUUGGCAAAGAUGAUGUACUACCUAAUGCCGAGAAUGCAAAGGCUGCUGAACAACAGAACACUUCUCAGAUCAAGUGGCACCGACAGGAGCCGCUGCUCAACCGAUUUUCCACCAAUCUCUACCGCAUGGUGACAUGGAACAUUGAACAUGCUCCUAUGGAGCCCCUUUUCCAGGGAGCGUUGCUUGACGAUCUGGGUAUCAAACUUAAUUUUGUGAAUGGCAUUUUCUGUCGUCUUUGCGACUUCUUGACUCCGAUGGUUCAUAAAAGAACAUGGCCAGAGAGAACAGUGAGAAUGUUGUUCAAGCUGUGGGACCUCAUGAAGCUUCCUGACAACUAUUACCGGCUCUGGAUCUUGCAAAACCGCAAACUGUGGCCUGACAAGGAUCUUUCUUUGGACAAGGAGUGCAUUCCUGAAAUCGAUAUUGUCCUCAAGGACCUUCAUUGCAACACUACGUUUGAUAGCAUUUUGACGACUGCCUGUUUCACAAUGCAUGACAUGAGCAUGGUCCUUUGGUUUUUGAAUGGCAAUGCUCCAGCAACCAGGCUUGAGAUGCGAAUAUUUCUGUUUCAAUUACAAGAGACAGACCGCAACCCUCGGGAAGAUGAACUUUCUCCGCAUCGCCUGGGUUGGUACCGUUGGGAAGAGUCAAUCCCCGUUGCCGAUCCCUGGACAGCCCAGGAAGCUCGAAGCCUCUUGAGUCGUCAGAUUUAUUUUGUGAUGUAUCCCAUCUACUAUCCUGCUAAAUACGCGGACCUCAAUCUCGGUUCUUCUCCCGCGAGUCCCGCUCAACGCUGGGGUUUGAUCCCAGUUAAUAUUCUGGUUAUGGAUGAAUUUUUGCGCCGCAAAUUGAAUGAUUUGUCCACUAUGGAGCAGUGUGGAGAUCUUGAGGAAAAUGAUGAUCUUUCCUGGACGGAGGAAAUGCAUGAAUUUCUGAAUGAGCAGCGCUCCUUACACAUGCAGAUGUCGAGGGAUUGA